AGCAGGCAGCACCAGCACGAAGUACGGUAGCAAGCAAUAGCAGAGCAGGCAGUUCUGAUUUUUUAGACGACGUCGUCGUGUUGAUUGCAGCUGUUCGUGUAGCGUGAAAACGUGUCGUAUCGGAGUGUUUUGAAAUAAACUAAUUGGUUGCUUUGAUUAUUCGUGAACCGAUGCAUUUUCAAUGAUUAUACAAAGAAGAAAGUGCUGUUCUUGAAGUGACAUAUUGAUUAGUGUGUUAUUUGCGUCGCAAAGAGAGCCAUUAUGGAUUUCAAAAUAGCCGUUUUCAACGCUGCACGGGAUGGAAAUUUAACACGUCUUAAAGUGUACCUACACAGUUGGCGUUCCAUGGACGACCUGAACAUGUUGGUGGGUGCCAAGGUCGGGGGCACAACUCCACUGGUUAUAGCGUGCAGAAACGGCCAUUACGACGUCGCGGAAUACCUCAUCGAGAGGUGCAAAGCUGAUAUUGAACAGCCUGGUUCAGUGACAUUCGACGGUGAAACUAUAGAGGGGGCGCCGCCGCUAUGGUGCGCAGCGGCAGCUGGUCACCUGCCGCUCGUGCGGUUGCUGGUUCGUGCUGGCGCCAACGUCAACUCCACGACGCGGACGCACAGCACGCCGUUACGCGCCGCCUGCUUCGACGGCCAUUACGACAUUGUCAAGUUCCUAGUUGAGAACGGCGCAGAUAUAGAAAUAGCGAAUCGCCACGGCCACACGUGUCUCAUGAUAGCGUGCUACAAGGGCCACAUAAAGAUAGCGAAGUACCUCCUCUCCCUGAACGCUGACGUCAACAGGAAAAGUGUUAAAGGCAACACGGCUCUGCACGAUUGUGCGGAGAGCGGUUCCCUGCACAUACUGAAAAUGCUGUUGGGACAUGGCGCGACUAUGGAUGUAGAUUCUUACGGCAUGACGCCCCUCCUGGCGGCUUCAGUUACCGGCCACACACACAUCGUUGAGCAUUUAAUUAGUGUAGAAUACGGUUUAGUAACUAGGCAGCAGCGUAUAGACGCUUUGGAAUUACUGGGCGCCACCUACGUCGACAAGAGACGAGAUAUGGUGGGCGCCUUGGCGUUAUGGAAGCGAGCCAUGGAUGAUAGAUUCCCAGCCGACGGGAGCGAGCCAAUCCCCAAACCUAAGGAUGUGCCACGCAUUGAAGCCUACGACUUCGCCGUAGAGCCCAGCGAUUCACAGCAGCUGGAGGAGAUCCUGGCUGACCCAGACGCUAUGAGAAUGCAGGCUUUGGUCAUCAGAGAGAGGAUAUUAGGUCCGGCGCACCCCGACACGUCGUACUACGUGCGCUACCGCGGCGCCGUGUACGCGGACGCGGGCCGCUUCGCGCGCUGCCGCCAGCUGUGGCACCACGCGCUCGACAUGCAGCGCGCCGUGCUGCCGCCGCUGUCGCCGCUCACGCAGUCCAGCCUCUACAGCUUCGCCGAGCUGUUCUCCUACAUGCAGCUGGAGCACGGCCGGCCCUCCACUAGAGGUCGCAUAGUCCCGCCAGUGACAAUCGACGACGUAGAGCCGGUGUUCAAGAAAGCGCUGUCAGAAAUAGACCGGGGCAUGGAAAUGCUCGAUGUCACUAAAUUCAGUAUCGACAGAGAACAAACACUGACGACACUGCAGAGGGUUUUGGUGAUAUCGCUCCAAUUGGCCACUGUUAUGUCGAAAUUGUUGGCUGAACCGGAUUGUACUGAAGAUACUGUUAGAAGGAUCCAUAAGCAGGUGUAUUCACUCGUCAAGUUGGAUAUCAAGGUCCGCCAAGGUCGUUCAGCCCUCCACGUGGCCUGCAGCGGAGGCAACAGUUCCACGUCUCGCGGCGCUUGGCUCUCCGCUCCCGCCGACGCCGCGCCCGCCUCCGCCGCCCUCGUGGCCCUGAUGCUGCGGCUCGGGGCGCCGCCUGACGCGAGAGAUGCCGCGGGGAACACUCCGCUACAUCUAGCUGCUAAGUUGAACCCGUGCCCCGCGGAAGUGGUGCGCGAGCUGCUCGCGCACGGCGCCCACAUCGACACCGUGAACUACGACGGCGAGACGCCCGCGGAGAUCCUCAAGACGUCGCAGCAGAACAUCGCGACCAUGGUCAACCCGCUGCGGUACACCACGCUCAAGUGCCUCGCCGCGCGCACCGUCAAGAACUACAGGCUACCGUACAGGCAUGUAGUGCCCCAAUGCCUGCACUCGACUAUAAUAACGCAUUGAACGCGAGGCGUUUAUUUAUAUACUUAUCGGGCGUGACGUGGAAACGACAGUAUUUUAAAAUUAGAAUUUCGAACAUUCGAUUCCUCCAAAAGUACUUUUGGGUUACGGUAUGCACGAAUUUCGCGGCCGGUCAUUGGUUGGCUGUCGACCAAUUGAAACGCUUCUGACGCAAAUAACAAGCAACUAUAGAGCCCAAUGACGCGGUAAUAGAGGCGAAUUUGCAUUGAAUCUGGGCAGGUUGAUCGUUCAUCGUAUAUUGAUUUUAAACUUACACCGUUUGCAACUUGUCGCAAAUCAGUAGAAUGAUAUUUGGUACAUUUCACUUUCAACUCGAUCGCUUUCUUUUUUCUCCUGUCAAUCGUCUCAGUUUCAACCUAAUCCCUCCGGAGAGGAGCCCAUGCUUUUAACUUGGUCACUAACAUUUUGUUGUUUUGCGAAAAGAUUCUUAAACGGAUUAUUGAGUAUCCUACGUAAAUUACUCUUAAUAUAAAACCUGUGAUGUUAUCAAUCGAAACGAUAGUAACGAAUUGCAACUUUUAAUACUUGGAAUUGAUAUUUCAACGCUUAGCGGAUUUGAUCAUUGGAGACGAAUUUCGGAUAUAUUUUUUGAUAUAGAUUGUAGCAUUUUAAUAGAGUUUUAUUCCAACAUCAAAAGGGCCACAGAGGUCAGACGGGAGUCGCUCCCAAUUACCUGUAUUUCCCACUCCUGGUCAAAGGCACCUCUAAAGAAUAAUUAACCAGGAUUAAUGCCUGGAGGAUGAUUUUGAUAGGAUAUUAGUAGAAAAAUGCACUAGUGCGAUAAAUUUAAAAAUUUUGAGGCUACUUAUUUCUUUUUUUAAAUUGUGAUAAAGUUUAAUAAGACAUUGCAGGCAACAAUGUAAAAUAUUUGUAUUGUAAAUAACAAAAUUACAAAUUUCAUUGAUGAUCAUAUUUUGUGUUGGUUUGUUUCGUAUUAUAUUAUUUUCGCCGUGAUUAUAGUUUAAGAUGUAUAUUUUCAAUAAUAAAUGUUAUGUCUGAUUUUAUUUGUAAAUAUUUCGUAUAUAUCAUGCAUUCAAGAAAUGUUUGGUUUUCUUAAUAUUUUUUUUCCUUUAUUGCUGUGCUUUUCUUGAGUUUUACUAUUUACUUAUAUUAUAUUAGUGAGACAUUGUCGGUAGCAUUAGUCGAUAAUAUUAUAUUAACCUAAACUGUUUUUAUAGCAAAUUUGAAGUGAAAAUUUUACCAUUUGUUAUAAACAAUGUACUUUCAUUGGUACAUUUGAGAAGUUAUUGAAUUAAAUAAUAAUUCGGUCCAAAAGAAGGUUGUAUAUUUCAAAAUCAAUGCAUUCAAUGGCUGGCCCGUAAUUUGACCAAAUGACGGCAGUCUGCUUAUGCGCAUGUGCUAUAAUCGUCAGCAAUACGCUCUCAUAAAAACCUUGAUUAUAUCAAUUGAAAUCGCAUUGAUUAAGUUACGUGCCGGACAUAGUGUCUACAUUAUGCUCAAAAUGCUUGCUACUGCCAUCUACUUAAAACAUGUCCAAAACACCGUUGAACGUCCAGAUAUGUACUGACUAACCCGGAUCAUUAAAUAAAAUUGUAAUUUAAAAAAUAUGUCGGAGUAGAUUCGAUAUUGUAAUGAUGUUUAUUGAAGCGGCUCUGUCUAAUAUAGUUAUAACUGGCUGUUUGCAAUAUCGGGUUUUUCGAAAAAAUAAUAUUUAUACGUUUAUUUUUAAUUUGUUAUUUCACAAAAAUAAAACAACUUUAUUUACCGUUUCGUUUUCAUAAUAUUUUUGAAUGCCAACUAGUAUAUAGAUGAUGCCAAAUUAUUAUGCCAUGUCACACCGAAGUUGCAUCGUAAAAGUGAUACUUGUUUUAAGAUUUCGAAACGUCAACUUGACGUGUCGUGAUAACGUCACAAGAUGGAGGCGUUUGACGUCAAUCUCGCGCGCUUUUUUCUACAAUUUCCAAACGAUAGUGAUGUUUUUACACUAUAUAUACCUGUUUUCUCAAAAUUUGGAUAGUUGCAAUCGUUUACAAUAUUUUUUGCGUAUUGAGGAUACAAAAUAUCAGUGAUACAUCAUUUUUGUUUGGAAUGAAAAUUAGUUUCGGGAGUGUGCGAUAAGUUUGGCUAGUGAGGUAGUGCGGAUUCAAAACUUGUAUACUACUCACUUUGUAAGAAAUACCUAUUUCAGUAACACGGCUUGUCCCAAUUUGCCUAACGAUUUUUUGGGUUGGGCAUGCGUGUACCUCAUCUUGCAUAAUAUGAGACAGAUUGAGAUGAAACGCUCAAAAUUAAAACAAAAAUUCUACGCAGGUGAAAAUUUAUAUUGUAUAAUUUGGAGAGUAUCCGUGCAACCGCCGUCAGCACAAAAUAUCGCUUCCGCUAGAGCCUAGACUUGUAACACGUAUGUCUCUAGUCUUUUGUAUCUUAGUACAUUCGUGGUAAUGUUAUAUGAUUAUGCCAUUCAAUAAAUUGUUUGCGAAUUAACACCAUCACCGAGUGAUCGUUAAACUCAUUAUAUCAAUGUAAAAACAAAUUAGACAGUAAGUAGAUGUAUUAGGAUUAAAAAGAAAUACGUUAAAUUGGUAUUCUAUAUUAGUUAGAUGGAUAAAAUGACAAAAGCGACUAGAACUGAAUUACAAAUAUUUUAAUUUUUAUUCGUGACGAGUUACUCGCCGCUAUAUUGUGUGUAUUUACUCAUAGUAUACUUAUAUUGAAUUUAGUAAUGCGUGAAUACAUGGUCCUAGUUAUUUUUGAAAUUAAUAAAAAUGCUUUAAAAUAA